AUGGAAGCCCUCGCUGCCUCCGACAACACUCAAAGCACGGACGGCCGGCAAUCGUCGUUGUCGCUCGCUGAACCUGAACUGUCCGUCUGUCUCCACGUGGCGUUGCCUGAUGGCUUCUCCCUCCCCGCUGCCGUUUGCAGCUACGGAUUCUUUAUGAUGGCGCCGACCGUCUGGAUUCCGCCACGUGUCAGUGAAUCAACGGCACAAGAGGGGCUGGGAGUGAAGAGCGAGGCAGAGGAGGCGGCGGGAGAACCAGGGAGCGCGGAAGGAGGCAGGCGGGAGGCGGGGGAUGGGCGGGAGGGGGCGGAGGGGAGCGGGACGGAUGCAGAGAGGAAAGGGCUCGAUGAGGAAGGGGAGCGAGGGAGCAGUGGGAACGCAUGGGAAGAGGGAGAGCAAGCAUGGGGAGAGAUGGAGCGGCCGUUGAGGCUGGCUGAUGGGCGCGCGGUGAUGGUGCGAAUCACACAGCAUGGCGCUGCUGACGUCACACACCAUGGCGCUGCUGACGUCACACAGCAUAACGCUGCUGACGUCACACAGCAUGGCGCUGCUGACGUCACACAGCAUGGCGCUGCUGACGUCACACAGCAUGGCGCUGCUGACGUCACACAGCAUGGCGCUGCUGACGUGUUGGAACUUUCCAGUGGCGACGGCAGCGCAGGCCUGAAGGAGGAGCCUGCUGACGCCCUGUGCGAUGGGGAUGCCCCCACCGCCAUCAGUAGCGCCACUGCUGAUGCUGCUGCUGCUGCUGGCAGGGGGCUGUCCCUCUCAUGUGGCCGGUCUCUGAGCAUCCUGCGCUCUAUCCUCCCUACGCCCAUCGCCUCCAACCUCACGUGCACCCCUUGCCGCACCUCCUCCCCGCCCGCCCCUGCCCUCUCACCACCCCUGCAGGCGCAGGUGAGGCGCAUGCUGCGCCUGUCGCCCGCCUGCCAGGCCGCCCUUCAAGCCUUCCACCGCCGCCACGCCGCCGCCGCUGCUGCCGGCUUUGGGCGGCUGUACCGCUCGCCGUCGCUCUUUGAGGACCUCGUGAAGGCGCAGCUGCUGUGCAACUGCGGGUGGGGCAGGAGUCUGGGCAUGGCACGGGCGCUGUGCCUCUUGCAGCGCCACCACUUCGGCCCUCCCAUCGGUGCACGCGAUUCGCCUGACUGUGUUGGUGCUUUUCCCGAGCCGCAAGAGCUCGCAGGCUUGGAGAUUCCGUACCUAACUAGCAGGUGCGGGCUGGGGUACCGAGGCCCACGGAUUGCCAAGCUGGCAGCUGACGUGGCAUCUGGUGCCAUUGACCUGGAAUCACUCCAGAGGGACUGCCUGCAGGAGAGUCCAGAAAGCGGGUGCGGCAGUGACGUGGCAGCUGUGAGUGCGGCGGGGGCGAUGACGGAGGAGCCGGCUGUAGGAGGCGGGGUGGGCGGUCAGCGGACCGGCGAGGCCGUGGGGGCGCGUGAGGGGGCGACGGUGAGAGGUGCAGGCGAUGUGGGGGUGCAUGCGACAAGGGGAGCUUGCAGGAGGAAGCGUAGGAGGAGUUGCGAUGGAGGAGAGUUGAGUGCAGCGGCGGCAGUGGAGGAGACGCAGGCGCCUGUGACCCGUUAUGACAGCAGCCGCGCAGCAAGCGAGGGAGCCCCCUGCCCUGGCACUGUGCUGCAGACCCACGGCGCCAUGAGGGGGAGGAGGCAAGCAAGUACGCGGAGGAGGAAGGGGUGUGGGAGGGGCAAGGAAGGGGAGGUGCGGUGGGAGGAGGCGGUGAGGCAGAGGGUGCAGCGGUUGCCGGGGUUUGGGCCGUUCUCAUCAGCCAACGCACUGCAGUGCAUGGGCGUGUUCUGCUUCGUGCCUGCUGACUCCGAAACCAUCCGCCACCUCCAGGCGAGGGGCCACAAGGGGUGCACGGCUGGCACGGUGGACGCCCUGGCAGCACGAGCAUACGCCGCCCAUGCGCCCUUCCAGUUCCUCGCCUACUGUCCAUGGCAGGCAGAGCGCACGAAUGACUCAUGGCUCCACCUAUGGCAUGGCAGGUGGGACAUAUGGGGCGAGUACGAGCGGGUGUUUGGCCCCAUGGCGCACCUGCCCUCGUCGCGCUACCCUGCCAUCACGGGCCACAACAUGCGCGCGGCUGGGGGCGCUGGGGCGCGGGGCAGGGGAGGCGAGGUUGGGGUGAGUCACAGUGGGGGGCGUGAGGCAGUGGAGGGCAAGGCGGGUGGUGGUGGUGGUGGUGGUGGUGGUGGUGGUAGCGGCGCUGUGAUGGGUGGCGGUCAGCGGCGCCGUGCUGCCCGGCGCACCACGCAUGGCAACUCCAGCACCCCGCCCUCACGCUUGCUUGGGGGGACAGAGGGGCAUGAGGGGGCGGACGAGGGGGGUGCAGAGGGGCGGAGGGGAGGUGGUGAAUCACGAGGGGGUGCGGCAGCAGGUGGAGUGGUGAGCACUGUAGGAGAGGCAGCCGCAGCCACGGAUGUCGCCGCUGCUGAUCUGACACGCAGCGCUGGUGGCGGGAUGCAUGUGCAGUGCCGUGUGGCACGCAUGGGCGUGCGGCGCAGCAGGCGGGUGGCAGCGCAACGCUCUCAGCGCGGCACAGUGAGUGGCGCGGCCUCCUGUGGCGAGUGCUUAGCAGCGAGCCGUGGUGGUGGCGAGCAGCAGCGCGUGGAUGGCAAGAGCAGGGCGCGUGGCAGCAGCAAGGGGAGGAGGCGACGGCACAGCGGUGGGGGUGACGGGAGUGGGCAGGAGUGUGCGGGGCGAGUGCCAGGGACGAGUGGAGGGGAGAGGACAGGCAGUGCUGCAGGGGGGAGGGCACGAGAGAGCGGGAAGAGUGAAUUAGAGAGGGAUGAGGUGCGGAGAAGUGAGAUGGGUGAGGAGAGAGGAGGGAAGGCGGCGACAGCAUUGGUGGUGCAGAGUGGUGAAGAGAUGGGGCGUGAGUGUGUGCGUGCAGAGGCAGUGCAUGCGGUGGAACAGCAGCAGAGAGAGAAUGGGCAAGGGCAGCAACGAGAAGAGCAGCAGGGGGGCGCGCAGCAGGUCGUAAGUGGGGAAUGGAGGGAGGGCAGCGAGCAGGCGUGGGUGGCAGGAGAGCAGCACAGAGGAAGGUUUGACGCAGGAGAAGAGGUGGGAGUGGCAGGUGUAUGGGCAAUAGAUGUGGUGCAGAGGAUCAGCGAGAGGGGCAUGGCAGGCGCGCAGGAGGGGGGGGCGAGUGGGAAGGGCAGGGUGGGCGAGGAGGAGGGAUUGGCACGGCACCGCCCCAACAGGCGACUGCUGCUGUAG